AUGCUGGACCCCAUUCUGGACCCCAUGCUGGACCCCAUCCUGGACCCCAUGCUGGAACCCAUUCUGGACCUCAUCCUGGACCCCAUGAUGGACCCCAUCAUGGACCCCAUCCCCUGUGAAGAUGAGUUGCCGUCCACCUCAGAGGACACUGAAAGCAGAAACCCACCCGAGACGGCUCUGAGCGCGAGAAGCGCCGAUGAUGGACCGGUUCAGAAGGACGACGGGUUUCUAGACCUGUCAGCCAUGUUUAAGGCCAAGUAUCGUCAGCAGGAGAAACUUGGCGAAGGAGGAUUUGGAUGCGUGUAUGCUGGCUAUCGUAAAGAGGAUAAUCUUCCUGUCGCCAUCAAGCAUAUUAUCAUAGACGAAGAGCUCCUCUUUCACAAAGACAGUAAUGGGCUCCAGAUCCCCAUGGAGGUAGCUGUCCUAAGGAAGCUAGGGGCCGGAUCAGAGCAGCAUUCAGCAUCCAUUGACCUACUGGACUGGUACGUUGUGGACGAGGAGCUGAUCCUGGUGCUGGAGAGACCGAUGCCGGCCGUAGACCUCUUCGACUACAUUCAAGACAAAGGAGGCUACUUGAAGGAAAAGGAAGCUAAGAUUAUAAUGAAGCAGUUGGUGAAUGCAGCCAUUGACCUCCAGGAGAAGCACAUUUUCCACCGGGACAUCAAGACGGAAAAUGUCCUUAUUCAGACCUGCAUGAAUUUGCCACGAGUUCGCGUCAUCGACUUUGGUCUGAGCUGCUUCGGCGGAGAAGACGACGUCUAUAACACCUUUUAUGGUACUCACAUCCCCCCAGAGUGGGCCAGUCGGCAGGAAUACAAAGCGGGACCCACGACAGUAUUCCAGAUCGGAAUGGUCCUGUUCUACAUGCGAAAAAAGGUGUCAUUUAGACCGGGGAUGACCUAUCUGGAGCUGAAUGAGACCAAGUGGCUUUCCAAAAAUGGCAAAGAUUUCAUUAAGGCGUGCUUCAGUGAGGACCCGGAUACUCGUUUCACCCUGGACCAGCUGAAGCAUCACCCGUGGCUGAGAUAG